CAGAGCGACGAUAUCAGGCGUAGUUUUUAAAAAUACGACAACUUGUAUCGAUUAUCGAAUUAUCCUAACAACACACCUGUUACCACUGAUUGUUGUCAGUCGCUUUCAUUUCUCGAUGUAAGUGCAUUCUAUGUGGUUACUGAGUCAACUUAUGAGCUGUUUUACAAAAACUGAAAAGUAUGGAUGAGAUUUUCGAACAUUUCCAUAAAGUAUUUGAAGAUAUGACCUUUUCAGGGUUCUUUACUCCAAAGUUCAGAAAUCAGUCACCACGUGAUGAAAUGCUACGCCGACCGGAGAAUGAAUCAGAUUACUUGCAAGUGCCGGAGCCGUGGAUCCCUUUUCCGUUUUAUGGAGACUUGGUAAAACCAGAUAUGAUGGACAGAAAAAUGUUCAGUGAGACAUUGAGGCAAAUAGAUCCUCCUGACUUUAAAAAAGGAGACAUUAUCAUUGAUGGUCAACCAGCUAAUGCCCCGUACGCUGAGAAGCGUGACUCAUCAGUACGUAGUUGGGUCAGUUCUUUCACCAGCAAAAAGCUCAUAGUAAAUAACGGCGAAGUGAAAGAGUUACAGAAAAGAGUGGUUCGUGAACCAGAUGGUACUGAAGUUCAUACCACGAUUGAACGGUCAUGUGAUGGGGAAAAGAAACAUGUUAUUUAUAUGAGACCUGACGGUCAGCAGUCCCAAACUGCGAAUAGUGAAGAUUUACUAAUUAUGGACCCAAGCCCAUCCAUGAAAGAAUACCAAUCGGAAAACAAGUCUUCAGGAAUUUUCGAUGCAUUACGGCGUUGGUAUUACGGGAAUUAAACAUCCAGAUGUAUGAACAUGUUACUUUUUAUUUGAUUUCAAGUUUUAGUAUAUAAUUUCCUU